CCCCUGGGAUUUGUUUCUGACCCUAGGCUUCUAGCCAUGGCUUCCCUAGCAGAUUGGUGGAUGAACACCAGUUGCCCUGUCGCUGGCCUCCCCUCACUGCGUGCUGUUGCGAUCCUCUCAGCCUACGUAGCAUUUCUCAUAGUCGCAGGCGCGAUACUGCCAGGAAAAGUUUUCCCUGGUACAGUGCUCUCCGAUAGUACUCGCCUGCAUUACAAAUGCAACGGCUUCCGCGUUCUCCUCCUCCUCCUCGCUCUCCUGGGCUACGGCGUCCAAUCCGGCCAUCUAUCAGCAACCAUUGUCGCCGAUCUUGCUGGCGAACUUUUCGCGACGACUUUCGCCUUCACUGUACUCCUCUCGCUCGCUCUCUACCUCGCCGGACUCCUGUCAAGUAACGCCAAAUCUUCUUCCUUGAAGCCGAAGUUCCAUGGCAACUUUAUCAGCGAUUUCAUCUACGGAGUGCAGCUAAACCCGUCCGUGUUCGGAAUAGAUCUCAAGUUCUUUUGCCUCCGACCCGCCAUGAUGGGAUGGCUUCUUAUCAACCUCUCGAUCGCAGCGAAGCAGCAUGAUCUUCUGCUGAAAUCUCCCGACCACUCACACGCCAUCACACUCGCCUCGCUGAACCUCACCUCCAUUCUUCCCGCCAGCAUCGCCAGCAGCAGCAUCGCCACCCUCCCUAUAAUCACAGUCCCCAUGUUCCUGUACCAGGUCUUCACCGCUAUCUAUGUCCUGGACUAUUUCUGGUUCGAAGAGUACAUGACAUCCACGUGGGACAUUAUCGCCGAGAACUUCGGGUUCAUGCUGGUCUUUGGGGAUCUGAUCUGGAUCCCUUUCACCUUCUCCGUCCAGGCAUGGUGGUUACUCGCUCACGGCACUGCUCGCGACAGUAUCGCAGCCAGCGUUUCUAUGCCGUUCGCUAUUGUCACAGUCGCGGUUUUCGUUAUAGGCUACGCUGUCUUCCGCGGCGCCAACCGCCAGAAGCACAUAUUUAAGCACGACCCGACAGCUAAAAUCUGGGGUAAAACACCCCGGGUUGUUGGCGGCAGACUGCUGGUGUCUGGCUACUGGGGCAUUGCUCGCCAUUGCAACUACCUGGGAGAUCUGAUGCUGGCUCUCUCUUACAGCCUGCCCUGUGCUUUCUACUCCCUCUGUCCUUACUUCUACCCUAUCUAUCUGCUCACCCUGCUGCUCUGGAGAGAGCGCCGGGAUGAGGCUCGGUGCCGAGCCAAGUACAAGGAGGUCUGGAAGGAGUAUUGCAGGAUUGUGCCCUGGCGCAUUGUGCCCUUCGUAUAUUAGGUGGUGUCAGAAGGAUAGGGUUGGGGGGGCAAGUAGAUCUUGGGUAGUGCACCAAGACAUAUCAAGACCUGUGUGUAGGGUUUUAUGUCUGGGGUGGUGUAACUUGGUUUGACAAUAGGGCUUGCGUUCUGUUACCACCAAC